CCAUGAUUUCUACUGUUAUGAAACCAACUUGAAGGUCAACAGACAAGGUAUUCACUCUUCAUUCACAGAGGGGCGCACCAGGCAUAUCUGACUGUGCGUGUACUCAAUUAACAAGAGGAAACAUUGGUACUCAGCACCUGAGGGAGCGCUGGCUGUGGUGCAGGGGCCUGACGGAAGGUCCUCGUGGAGUCUACAGGGUGCAGGGCUCGCAGUUGCAAAGCUGCUCCCUCCUACCAGCAUCCUGCCUCACCUCACAGCCUAGCUCGCCAUACGGUAGCACUUAAACCGUCUUGCGCGGGCGCCGCCACAGCGUACUGGGCGCAGCUGGGCGCACGCCGCGGGGCAGCCUCUGCGGCCACAGCCUGUGUGCAGCGGCCUAACCCAGCACCGCCACACACGCCCACCUUUGCGCUGUGAUCCACACCACCACAGCCGCUCCAACAGCAGGGCACAAAUAACACACACGCACACAGAUGUCGCCUUCCCCGGGGCUCCACGACGGCCCAGCCAGCGGCACCUCGUCCCACCGCGUCAGCGCCUCCUCCUUAGCGUCGGCGCACGGGCCGCAUCCACCGGCAGGCGAAACCGGCGGCGGCGGCGCCGGCAGCAAGCUAGGUUCUGUCAGCUUCGCCCAUCGCGAUGGUGGCGGCGGCGGUAGCGGCGGCGCGCCGGCGAGCAAUGGACGUGACUCGGCCCUGGCCGCGUUGCUCAAUGCGUCCAACCGCAUGAGCCGCGUGGUGCGAUCGCAGGCGCAGCAGGCGGUGGCAUCGGCAGCGGCGGCAGCGCAGGCGGCGGCGGAGCGGGAGGGCUCGCCGGAUCUGGUAGAGUCGCCGUCGCUGCCGCCGGCGGAGGUGACCACCACGGAACACAUUGAGCCGGCGGCGCCUGGAUCCACACUGGGUGGGCCGCACCGGGAUGACUCACUGGACCUGGUGGUUGGGCAGGUGCCGCCUCUGGACCUGGAGGCCAGUCGGGCGGGCGCGGGCGGCGGCAGCGGCGGCCCUGAGCGGGCUCUGUCCGAGUACAGCGCUGCUGCUGAGCGCUGGCUGCUGACGGAGACCAACCUGGAGCAGUACGAGGAGUUUAUGGCGCGGGGGCUGCUCAUGGUCCGCAACCUGAUCCGCUGCGACGGGCGGCAUGUGGUUCAGUCGCCGUACGGCUGGGUGGGUCUGGUGCGGGACAGCCUGGCAGCGCGGCAGCCGCUGGUGCGGGCGGCGGCGGCCAACUGCGUGGCGGCGCUGGCGGGCAGCGGGCCGGGGCGGGACGCCAUUCAGAAGGACCCGCUCAUUGUCAGCCGCACGGUGCAGAUGAUGCAGAACGGGCUGGCGGCGGGCGGCGACAACAGCGACACGCAGUACGCGGCCCUGGCGCUGGCCAACAUGUCGCUGGUGGCGGGGCUGAGGCAGCCGCUGCUGAGGCAGGGUGUGCUGGGAGCCGCAGCCGAGGUGCUGCGCGUCGCCGGCCGCUGGUUCGGACCGCAGCAGCAGCCCGCGGCCGCCGGAGGCGGCGGCGGCGGCAACAGCGCCGGCAGCACCGGGUCGCAUUCCGGCGCGGCGCCAGGGGCGCCGGCAGCGGCUGCGCCGCUGCCGGAGCCUGCGGCGGCGGCAGAUCUGCGCUACGCGCGCGGCACGGAUUCGUCCGGCGUGCUGGCGACUUCGCCUGGGGGCGGCAUGCUGGGCAGCAGCGGGCACGGCAACGGCGGCGUCAACGCGGUGGCGCACGCGGCGGGCCGCAAGGCGGUGCAGCGGGCGGCGGUGUACACGACCACGCUGCUGACGUGUAUUGCGGUGGACAACAGCGGCCGCGACCAGAUGCAGAUGGCCGGCAUCCCCCGGCUCGCAGCGGAGUUGCACGAGCGCUGCGCCGCCGCCGCGGGCGCGCCCGGCGGCCUGGGCCCUGACUCGCUGCUGGGUCGGCGCCUGGCGCUGCUGGCCGAGGCCACCACCACCGCCGAGUUGUUGGAAGACCUGUUGGAGGCCGGAGGAGGAGGCAGCAGCGGCGCGGGCUGGGAUGUGCUGGAGGAUUCCUACAACGGCAUCAACGCGCGUACGAGCCGCAGCAGCACUCUGGGCUACGGCGACCGAGCCGCCGCCGCCCUCAGCCGAGGCGUGUCGUUUGCGGACGCAGGCGCCAAAGUCACGCGGGCAGCGGCGGCGCUGAACGCGCUGCAGCGGCUUGUGGACCCGGAGACGGCGCGGAAGGAGGGCGGCGGCGGCGGCGCGCUGAGCUCGCACCAGACCCUGCAGCGUGCGCUCAGCCGCAAGCAGUCGAUGGCUGCCAACGCGCUCGACACGCCGCUCACCGCCCCCGGCUCCAGCGUCACCUUCAGCGGCGGCAACUCCUCACCCCGCGCCUAUUUCGCCGACUUGGGUUCCGUCUCGCGCCGCGCCCUCAUCACGCCGCCGCCGCCCGGCCUCGCCAUCUCCGCCGGCCACCUGGGCAGCUUCUCGCCGGCCCAACAGCCCAGCCCCUCGCCAUCUGGCAACGGCGGCGGCGGUGGCGGCGGCGGCCUGGGUGGAAACCUGGGUGCGCUGCUGCGGAACGAACUGGGCGGUGGCGGCAGCGGCGGCGGCUCACUGACGAGCCAGCCGCGGCCGGGCAGUGCGAGCGGUGUGCCUCACGGCGGCAUGCUGGGUGUGCACUUCUCCGCGGCGGUGUUCAACGACGGUGGGCAUGGCGGCGGCAUGGGUGCUGACGACGUCUCCAGCCCAUUCCGCCGCAGUCACACCACUCACCUGGCCGGCGCGGGCACUGGCUCGCCCAAGGCAGCUGUCAAGUUGCCGCACGUGAUGGGCUUUGGCUCCAACGUGCCUCGCAGCAACCACAGCACCGGCAACGGCGACGGCCACGCCACGCCCCAGCAGCCCCCGCACCCUCGCCAGCCGCCGCCCCUGGCGGCCGGCAGCCCCAUGCGGCCUGUGCCGCCGCCAGGCACCCUGCUGCACGCCUCCCACUCCCACCACGGCGCGCUGCAUGUGGAAGACCUGUCGGGUUCGCCACCGGGCGGGUCGCCUGCCGCCGUCACGUCCCCACACGCCGUGGGUGCGGCCUCGAGCUCGGGUAUGAUGAUGAUGGUGGCGCCGUCGCCGCCCUCGCGGCCGCGCAGCAGCGCCGCCGCAUCCGUGGCGUCCAUACGUGGCGGCGGCGGCGUUGGUUUGCAAGAGCUGUCGCGGCGGAUGAACAACACCAAGCUCAAUGCCCACGAGUUUGGAAGCGGCAGUAACGCCGCCGCGGCAGCGGCGGCGCUGGGCAGCGGCGGCAGCGGGUUGUCCUGCAGCGGCGGCGCGUUGGUGCCGACGGGCCCCCGCAGCGGCUGCAACAGCCCCAUAUCGUUGUCGCGUCAGCCCAGUCAGGCGCGGAUGGAGCUGCCGUUCCACCUGGUGCGAGCCACCACGCCCUCAUCCACCGGGCCGGGAGGCAAGAUGAGCCGCAUCACCGCCGCCUACGGCGCCGUGGGCAGCCGCGCCGGCAGCGGCACCGGCAUGACGGGCGGCGGCGCCACCGGCUCGGGCGCGGCGGGCGGCUUCUCCCGCAUGUACACAUCCGAGCUGUGAUGUGAUGCGUGGGCCAGCGGCGGCGGGGCAUGGCCACAUGGGCCAACGAGGGGUUGCAUGGGGGUCUGGGCCAGCAGCGGCGGGGCAUGGGCGUGUGAACUACGGUAUCUAUGCGUGGAAUACUGUGACCUUGACCGUGGACGAGCAGUUGUGGCACUGGGCAUGUGGGGCGAUGAGGGGUGGGCUGUGCGGAUGUGUGGGCCAUGGACGGGAGCACGUGGGCGCAUAGCACGCGUCCUGGGGACGACGGCGUGCGCGCCCUGGUGAUUGGAUCAGCACCGCAGGCACCGGUGCAGUUAAUUGUUUUGAUGCUUGGACAAGUUGACCCGUGCCCUGUCACAGUUUCAAAGCCAUGCCUGCGGCAUGCAAUGCGCACUUCGUGGACACAUGACACAUGGGUGGCACCGCUGGCAUGAAUGGCAUGUGUCAGGACGUUUGUUUGGAAGUCGCUUGGACUUGUGGAGUUUGGACAAUUUACUUGGUAUCUACAACAGCUCGUGACGGGCCCUGUAAGGGUGUGCAUUGUGGAUGUGCAUCUUGUCGCACUUGUCGCUGGGAGACGCGGUAGGUGCAAUCAUUGCCUCGAACGUGUGUGUGCGUCUUCCCUUCAUACGGGCAUACGAACAAGUGUGUCUCCUUCAUCAUAUGACAUGGCGCGGCGGUAGCGGUCGUGGCAUUUGAUGUCUGGGCACGGCGGUCUUGUGACAGGACGUUGGGCUUGCCCAAAGCCCCACAGCCCCGGUGCUCCCAAAGCCCCACAGCCCCGGUGCUCUUUGCUUCGAGUCGCUGAGACACACAACACCAGACAACAGUUGGGUCAACCUUUAGGAUUGGUUGUCAGGCUGGCUGCGUGGUAGCUACGUAAGUGGUUCUGUGGUUGUGUUAAACAAAAUAGUACCAUGACUCCAUCCAGCCGAGAGUGCAUUACUGCAUUGGUUAUAACAGGGACCUGCCGGGCUGCCGAGUGCCGACGCAAAGUCUGCUCUAGGCCUGAGAGGCAUGCCGUGGCCUGCACCGUCGACAUCCACUCUGGGCCUUGAGCUACCAGGACUUGCUUCCUACACCGGGGGGUUCUCUCUAGCUCUUUAUAGUAGACCCGGCAGCACGCUCACCCUUUCCCCAGCCCGGUAUCUGCACGUGCAAAUAUAUGUGUAUCUGCACUCCACGUCGCCGCCCUGGACCUUCGGAUGCAGGGCUACUACGCGAGUCGGGUCGGGGCUGCAACUCUGCAAGGCCUUGCAUUGGCCAC